CACCUGGCUCAGGUGGCUCGAGCGUUACCUGUGCACACCUGCGCCUGUCUCAUCUGAACUUCCGUGAGUUUGUAUACCUGGCAAGGAGCCAAAAUUUUCAUGCAGGGUCGGAAAAAUAACUGAUGUACGCUGGACAGGCCAGUCCAUAAGGGCGCAGUGCAGGCGCAGCCUCCGGCGGCCAACAAGCGUGAAGAAGAACGCCGCAGCGGACUGCUCUAAGGGACCGUUUCCACAAUCGCGGAUCUAAGAUUUCGGUUACUGUCGAAGGUUCCUGGCAUUGACAGGAACCUGGCAAGAGUCAGACUCACACAGGAUCGACGGCUUCCCUGAAAGGCUCGACGAGCGAAGUCCCAGGAUACCCCUAAGGCCUGUCCUGCAGCAAGACCAGGGCCUCUCAAUGAACCGCUGGCCCUCUUGGUCCCAGAAGCACCGGGGCUCACUGUCCGUCAACAUGAUCAGCCUGCCGCUGGGCGACUUCCGGCACCUGUCACACAUCGGGAGGGAGAACCACCAGGACAAUUUCGGCGAUCUCUCUUUCCUGCGGCCGGGUCAUAACCUACUUCUGCAGUCCUCAAAGAGUGAGCAGAACCUGCUCCUGGCCUGUGCCCCACCACCCAAGCCCCCCCGCCUGAAUCAAGAGUCCCCCGAAACACAGGGCCCCCCCGACUGGAAAGUCAGGGGCCAGUCUUCGCAGCGACGCAAAAUUUGCAGCUCCCUGCCACUGCUGGACAGUGAGGAAGGGGAAGAGCCGGCAUCAGAGGAGGCUGAGGUUGGGGGUAGCUCCGGGCAGGACAGCCCAAGGCUGGACAGCACUGGCCAAGGCAGCGUCAGCUCGGGGGGGGACGAAGAUUCAUUUCGAGCUAAAAUGGAAGAAGUUCUGCCAGAAGGAGACGAUUCCAUCUUCUCCCUGGACCUGGGCCCAUCCAUCCUCGAUGAUGUCCUCAGGGUAAUGGACAGGUUCCACUAAUGAGUCAAGGGGCCCCAAACUUCUCAUCCGCUAUCACCAGGGGUCCUACAAGUAAUGACUGCUGACGUGAGCACUGUUAGCAACAUGCUAACACAAGCCAUAAUGAGCUGGGUUUCUGCUGAAGUGUAUCGUGCUGUCACGUGACCGGGCAUGAAGGCGCAAUGACAAUGAUCCAUCUCAGUGGAUUUACGUGAAGAUCAGGUGACCCCGCUGUAAGGGAUAUACCCUCGCUUUGAACUUUUCCUUCAGCAGAAAGCACUGUUCUGUGCAGGAGUGACACACCGCGUUUCUGCGCAGACUAACAGCUGACCAAGAAGAUGUGGGAGCCCUUCUGGCCGAGCUGCAGAUCACCAUACCUUCCAAGCUUCAGUCUGACAGUUUAGACUGACGCCUUUGUCCCUGGGUGGCACUAUGAAUGCACACACAAAAGCUUCAUAUUUAUAGUAAAGGAGGGACUGUGUAACACGCCCCAAUAAAAAGCCUUGAACAUCAAA